CAAAAAACCAGCUCAUAGUUCUCAUCAACUUCCACUCGUGGAUUAUUAUUUUAGAUAUCACUCAUUGAUCUUCUGUAUAUUAAUCAUCCAAACACAUUAGGAAGCAACUCUGUCAGACGUACAUCUCACUGUCGGAACGAUAACAUGCACAGAUUCUAAUUCAAUGAACGUGCAAUUUGUUGGAGAUAGGUGUGAAACUUCAGAAUAUUAUAUAAGUCAUUGUUAACUUAUAAAAUGGGAUAUCAGCAAGACAAUGAUGAGAAUUUGGUGGAUCUGUCGUAAAAGUAGCAGCAUUACAGCUAAAUACAAGAUAAUUAUUGAUUCCCUUUGCUCUAUUUUCUUUACAUAUAUAAGAGAUCUACAAUGGGUUUAUAAUAACAGCAAAACCAUUUCUACAAAUCAAUACUUCUUACCCUUUCUUUUUCAAGAACAAGAAAAAAACAACAAAUGGCUUCUUUUCAUAUUCGUUCUAUCAGUUUGCCCUCUACAUCUCAUCCUCUAACUGUAAGUUUAGAGGAGCAACUUUACAAGCUUAAGAUAUCACAAUCAUCCUUAUCAAUAGCCCAAAAAUUGAAUGGUCUAAAAGAGUUGUAUGAGUGUGUCGAUGAUGUUCUUCAACAAACUCUUUCCCGUGAGAAGCAGAAUAAAUCUAUAGAAGAAGCAUUGAAUGGAUCCUUGUGUUUGUUGGAUAUAUGCAGCAACACCAAAGAUUUUUUCUCACAGAUGAGGGAAUGUCUUCAGGGACUUGAAUUAUCUCUCCGGAGAAGUAAAAGCGGAGUUGAUGCAUACAUGGCAUCAAGGAAAACAAUGAAUAAGUUGAUCCGCAAGUAUCUUAGAAAUUUCAAGAAACAGGACAAGAAUUGCAAAAGUAACUCAGAUUCGGCAGAUAUUUCAGUCUUGCUAAAAGAUGUAGAGGAAAUUAGCGUCUCAAUGUUUGAAUCCAUCUUAGGUUUCAUUUCUCAGCCAAAGUCAAAAUCAAAGCUCACCAUUUUCACAAAAAAUUUGCAACCAAAGAAUUCAUCAUGUGAAGAGGAAGUUGAAGCCAAUGAAAUGGAGAAGAUGGAUGCUGAAUUACUCAUCUUGAAAUCCAGCAGUCAAACAACAAAUAUAUUGAAAGAAUUGCGGACAUUGGAGAUGAGUCUUCAAGAAGCAGAAGAGGAGUUAGAGUGCGUCUAUAGGAAAUUAGUGAAAAUCAGAGUCUCUAUUCUCAAUAGUCUGAAUCAUUAGAACAAUUUAUGAAAAUUUUGUAGCAUAAUUGUACAUA